AUGGACAAUAUUGAGCAGGAAUUGGACGCCCUCUUCGAGAAUUAUUGCUUUACAACUCCAACGAACAAAGAUGCCAAGACUGACAACAUUUCACCCGAAGAAACAACAGCCCAAGUCGCAGCCUUGGAGCCUCGGAAUAAUGGUAUCACAAAUGAGGUAUCGGCCAGACUUCUUCGGUUAGCACGUUUGACCCCGGAACUUGCUUCGCACGCCAUAGAAUCCCCUGGGACCAAGCAGAGGCUCGAUUACGCUCUCUUCAACUUACCAGUGGAAUGCCGCCAACUAGUGUUGCACCGCCCCAGGAACCUUCAACUAAGCGCGGAUGAGGCGAGAACUCAUACGAUGAACAAGCAAGUGCUGAUCAUUCGCAAAAGCGCUGCAAGAUUGUCAACUAGCUCGAACAUCAUGCUUGACACUGAGCAAGUGUGGCAUGUAUCAAUUGGAGGGUAA